AUGGCACACUCACUCGGUUUCAGGGCAAACGUCCUCCCUCGCCAUGUCCCUCGCGCAAUCCCCGUUUACGGAUCUUCAACGCUCUUCUCCAACGGACAAUCACAAUGUCGACCAUUCUCCCAAUCCAAAUCCACGGCGGCCAAAGGCGGAAUGAUGUCCGCCGAAAUGGUCAUGCCCAAAAUGCCGCCGGAAAAGAGCUUUCGAUCCAGAAUUCGAGAUAUCGAUCCUGAGAAUAUACCUACAGACUUUGGUGUUUUGCCGGGUACUUUUAUAAAGCCAGAAGGAAAGGAUAUGCCUAAUUUUUUCACACGGCCGAAAGAUCGGUUGAAGAUGGAGUGGGUGUGGAUAAAGACGUGGAUUACGAGUGCUUUUUCAACGAUUUAUUUUCAUAAAUGGCAAUCCAAUCCCCGUUUACCGCUCCUAUUAAGGGAGCGUAGGGGGAUUGGGAAGGCGCUUCAUAAUCUGAUGUACACAGAGUUCGCUCGAGGCAACGAACGAGUUCUCCGAGCAAGAUGCUCUCCCGGUCUAGGCAGCGACCUCAUCAAACGCAUCCGCAAACGAAACCCUAAGGAAAGCUUCGCCUGGAGCAUCGAAAGAUACAUCCGCGACCCGUCCACUUUUUUCACUGGUAUCCGCGUUCUGUCUGACCGCGCAACCGUCAUCCCCGAUCUCCCAGACAGCUCAAUCCGACAGAUCGUCCUUCGCAUCAAAUCCCAACAAUCCUUCAUCAAAGUAGCAAAAGAAGACAAAGACGCCGUUGCAAAGGGUUUGUUUACCGAUCCCAAAAUUCAGGACUGUACGGAGUACGUCGUUAUACAAAAAGUGAAGAUUGCUGGCCACGAAAAGGAAUGGGAGAUUUGGGGGUUUACCAAGCCCACGACGUUUGAGGAGUUGAAUAGUCCGUUCUUUGAGAUGGGGUUGUCGUUGAAGGAUAGGAUACAGGCUAUGCAGGAUAUGAUGUCUGGGAGGUCGUAA